UGGUGCUUUCAAAUUCUCCAUUGAAAUAGAAUGAAAUUGUGUAGUUUUUUUCUGUUUUUUGGUACAGUUAUUUCAGUAGAAGAUAUUCAAGACCAGCUGACAAGCGGAUUGUGUCUGUGUAUUGAUGCGAACUAUGUCUAUGCCAGAAGUGACCCUGGCGGUGACAAUCCCGCUGUUGGUGUAUUAAAGAAAGGUGCAUGUUUAAAAUCACAUGGUGGAAUACUGCAUAAGAAAGGUGUGACAUGGUAUGAAGUCCACAUGGCUACUGGGCAGAAUGUAUGGAUAAAUGGAAACAAUCUCAUUGCUGUAAAUAUGACAGAGUGUAUGAACCCUUCUACCACAGUUACACCCGUGAAGAGUUCUAGUGAUCGUAUCCCUACAGCAAGUGUGCAGACGACAACAGAUUUUGAUCCAUUUGCUGGGGCUCUAGAUUUUUGUAUAACAGGAGACGGGAGUUUGAUCGGGAGUGGUGACACAACUAUCCAGAACGGGAUGACAUGUACAUGCACAUCUGGUCAAAUAAUAUGUCCCACUUUAUUCAAAUGAAUUUCUCAAUCAAAGCAAUUUAAUAAAAUAACUGUCUGAACGCUCUUGUAAAUGAAUAAAAUAAAAUA